AUUUCGAAUUCUCUCUCUCUCUCUCUCUCCUGAUUUCAUAACAAAGAAAACCCCCAUCUCUGCAUAUUUCUCUCUCUGCAAAUCACAUAAAUCUGUUCCUUUCUCUCUCUAAAAAUCCUUCUCUCUCUCUCUCACAUGGCUUCACAGUUCGUCUUUCCCCCAAAUCUCCACGCUCUCGAAGACGACUACGACGAUGGUCGCCUCUCGGCCCAGAACCCUCCCACCAUCUCCUCCCUCCGCCCCUCAGAACUCGAAGAAUUCGUGAAAGGUGUGUCGUUCGAUCUCUCAGACAAGGAGCUCUUCUGCAUCGAAGAGCAAGACAUUUUCGAACGGGUUUACUCUCUGGUUAAGGGUUUUGCGAGCCUCACUCCGGCUUGUAAGUUCAAUCUGGUUGAGAGUCUUCGGUCCAAUUUCAGUGUUCUGCUCCCAAAUGUUAACUUGCUUUCGCGGUCGUCUCAAGCUCCCGAGGAUGAUGAUGAUGAGGUUCCUGUACUUGAUCGGGUCGCUUCGCAUCGAAACGCCUUCAAAAUCUACACUUUUUUUCUCUUCCAUAUUGUCCUUGUUGAGGAGUCUAAAAUUAGUUCCAACAACAGUUCCAAGGUGGCGGCAAGUAGUCGGAAGAAACAGCUUGUAAAUUCAUGGAACUGGGAACCCCAGAGGGGUCGGAUACUAAACUUGAUUGCUAAUUCAUUAGAGAUCAACCUAUCCAUGCUCUUUGGAUCAUCAGACCCAGAUGAAAAUUAUUUGUCUUUCAUUGUGAAAAAUGCAUUCUCACUUUUUGAGAAUGGGACUCUGUUAAAAGAUUCAGAAACAAAAACUGCUUUAUGUCGUAUAAUUGGGACUUGUGCCACCAAAUACCACUACAUGGCACAAUCAUGUGCUUCAAUUUUGCACCUCAUUCACAAAUAUGACUUUGUGAUCACCCACUUUGCCGAUGCUGCUGCUGGGGCUGAGAAAAAGUAUGCUGAUGGAAGCCUGGCCACCUCCCUUAUCAGAGAGAUUGGAAGGAUUAACCCGAAAAACUAUGUGAAGGACACAGUUGGGGCUGAAAAUAUUGGUCGUUUUCUUGUGGAGCUUGCUGACAGGCUGCCAAAGUUGAUUUCAACUAAUAUUGGUGUUUUGGUUCCAAACUUUGCUGGUGAAUCUUAUAAGAUCAGGAAUGCCCUUGUUGGGGUUCUGGGGAAGUUGGUUUCUAAGGCAUUUAAGGAUGUUGAGGGUGAAGUGAGUUCCAAAUCCAUUCGCCUUCGAACUAAGCAAGCAAUGUUGGAGAUUUUGGUGGAAAGGUGCCGAGAUGUUUCAGCCUACACCAGGAGUCGGGUUCUUCAAGUUUGGGGUGAACUAUGUGAAGAACAUUCCAUACCAAUUGGUUUGUGGAACGAGGUUGCAGCAGUAGCAGCUGGAAGGUUGGAGGACAAGAGCGCAAUUGUUAGAAAGUCAGCAUUAAAUUUACUUAUAAUGAUGUUGCAGCAUAACCCUUUUGGUCCACAAAUUCGAAUAGCUUCUUUUGAAGCAACCUUGGAGCAGUACAGGAAGAAGUUAAAUGAGCUAGAACCAAAUGCCGCUUCAGAGACUGUUUUGGAUGGCAUAUCAUCAGAUAAUGAUACUUGCAAUGGAGAUGGUGAAGUUGAUAAUGUAGAUGCAGAAGUUGUGUCCAAGGAGCAGCAAGAUAGUCUAACUGAUAGCUGUUUGCCUGAUAUAGAAGAUGGGAUUAAUCAGAAGGAUAGUUCUGUGCCAGAUCUGGGGAAUUUGGAGCAAACCAGGGCCUUGGUUGCGUCACUAGAGGCAGGCUUGAGGUUUUCCAAAUGUGUAUCUGCCACAAUGCCAACCCUUGUUCAACUGAUGGCUUCAUCUUCUGCAACUGAUGUGGAAAACACAAUUCUAUUAUUAAUGAGGUGCAAGCAGUUCCAAAUUGAUGGCUCAGAAGCCUGCCUCCGCAAGAUGUUGCCACUGGUAUUUUCACAGGACAAAUCCAUUUAUGAAGCUGUGGAGAAUGCAUUCAUCACAAUAUAUAUAAGGAAGAUUCCAGUAGAAACUGCUAAAAACCUUUUAUAUCUUGCUAUAGAUUCAAACAUUGGUGAUCUUGCAGCUCUGGAGUUCAUAGUUGGUGCCUUGGUAUCCAAAGGUGAUAUAACUGCAAGCACGAUAUCAGCAUUAUGGGAUUUCUUUUGCUUUAAUGUUAGUGGAACCACGGCAGAGCAAAGCCGGGGUGCUUUGUCUGUUUUGUGCAUGGCAGCAAAAUCAUCUACUGGGGUUCUUGGUUCGCACUUACAGGACAUCAUUGAUAUUGGGUUUGGUCGUUGGGCAAAAGUGGAACCGUUGCUUGCUAGAACAGCUUGCCUUGCUCUUCAGAGGUUGUCCGAAGAGGACAAGAAAAAAUUGUUGUCAAGUAAUGGCAGCCGAGUGUUUGGUAUUUUAGAAAGUUUAGUCACUGGCUUCUGGCUUCCAGAGAACAUAUGGUAUGCUGCUGCUGAUAAAGCAAUAGCUGCAAUAUUUGCAAUUCAUCCAACUCCUGAAACCUUAGCUGCUGAUCUGGUGAAGAAAUCUCUCAGUUCUGUAUUUAAUUGUUCUGGAGGAGAUGAGUUGGAAAAUGAAAUUGACGGUGGUAACACCAAUGUCCUUACCUCAGUUCAAGUUACAAAACUUAGUAGACAUUUAUUUGUUGUGAGUCAAGUUGCCAUGAACCAAUUGGUAUAUAUUGAAUCUUGUAUGCGGAAGAUCCAAAAAGAGAGAGCAAAGAAAGAAAAAUUGGAAGCUGACAGACAGAAUGGUCAUAAUGAUGUCACAACCAAUGUUGAUAACUCGAAGGACAACGGCAUCAAUGCAGAGUUAGGUCUUGCUGCCUCUGAAGAUGCAAUGCUUGAUACUCUGUCAGAUAGAGCAGAGAAAGAAAUUGUUUCUGGUGGUUCUACUCAGAAGAACUUGAUUGGACAUUGUGCACCUUUUCUGUCAAAACUUUGUAGAAAUUUUAGUUUAAUGCAGAAGUAUCCUGAACUACAAGCAUCGGCAAUGCUUGCUUUAUGUCGAUUUAUGAUUAUUGAUGCAGAUUUUUGUGAUGCAAAUCUCCAGCUUCUCUUCACUGUUGUGGAGAAUGCACCAUCAGAAAUUGUUCGUUCCAAUUGCACUAUUGCUCUUGGAGAUCUGGUAGUUCGUCUUCCUAAUCUAUUAGAACCAUGGACAGAGAAUGUAUAUGCUCGGCUAAGGGAUGCUUCAGUUUCUGUUAGAAAGAAUGCUGUAUUGGUUCUUUCACAUCUCAUUUUAAAUGACAUGAUGAAGGUGAAAGGUUAUAUAAAUGAAAUGGCUAUGUGCUUAGAAGAUGAAGAUGAAAGGAUUUCAAAUCUAGCCAAACUUUUCUUUCACGAGUUGUCUAAGAAAGGAAACAAUCCAAUAUAUAAUUUACUUCCGGAUAUUCUUGGAAAAUUAUCCAAUGAGAACUUGAAGAGAGAGUCUUUCUGCAACAUCAUGCAGUUUUUAAUUGGUUCCAUCAAGAAGGACAAACAAAUGGAGUCUCUCGUUGAGAAGCUUUGCAACAGAUUUAGUGGGGUCACAAAUACUAGGCAAUGGGAAUAUAUAUCCUAUUGCCUCUCUCAGCUGACAUUCACUGAAAAGGGCGUGAAGAAGCUGAUGGAGUUAUUCAAAACAUAUGAACAUGUCCUAUCUGAAGAUUCUGUGAUGGAUAACUUCAGGAAUAUCGUCAACAAGGCGAAGAAGUUUGCCAAACCAGAAAUGAAAUCAUGUAUUGAGGAGUUUGAGGAGAAGCUUGUUAAGUUUCACAUCGAGAAGAAGGAACAAGAACUUACUGCCCAAAAUGCCCAAACUCAUCAACAAAAACUCAGCAGCUUGGAAAAUUUUGUAGUGGCUAAAAAUGGAGAGGAAUGCGCAGAGUCUGAUAUUGUUGGAGAUGAAACAGAUGCCAAUGUCAGUGAUCCAUCUGUGGAAGGGAUGGAUCAGUCCUCACACAAUGUAUCAAAGUCCAAAGUUGAGUUGGAUGAACAUUCUCAGGCUUCCAGUGAGGUGACAGAGUUGGAACCAUGUGAAAAUGAAGUUCAAUCGCCUAUGACUGCCAUUCAUCUAAGAGGCACCUCCAAAUCAAAAGCCAAGAAAUCCAGCAUGAAAGUUCAAAGAGGCAGAAGACAGGUCAAAUAAUUGAUUCUGGCUUUGUUUCUUGUCUAGCAUGUAGUUGAAUUGUGUGUCAGCUGUUUGUUUUUAAAAAAAUAGCUGAUUUCUCUUAAUUACCUUAUUUUCUUCUAGAUUGUUCCCUUUUUCUUCCAAGUUAAUUUUUUCUCUUCUUUUUUUUUUCUCUUUUGAUAUGAAGUGCAAAAUAUAUGUAUAGUGACACUUCACCAUGGUCCAAACAGACAUUGGGGAAUUUUGUAUUUUGGAACUUGUACAUCUUGUACCCGGUUCAUUUUUGUCUCAUUACCAACUUUGUAUGUAUCUAUUAA